CGCACAUAUACCCCCAGCGCAAUAGAAAGAAAACAAAAUGUUAGACCAUUUAUACCGCUUUACACGCACGACGGCAGGCCUCGAAAAGACCCUCCGUCUCGUCCAAUCCUUCUGCGUGCUGGCCCUGCAAAUACCCACUCUGGAAAAUGAGUCCAUUUCGCGAUUCAACACCGCCAAGACACAGUUUGCAUUAACAAGACGCUUCCUCCGCUUCUUCAACUUCAUCGACUGCUUCAACCGGGCAUUUGCCUUGCUAGGCAGCCCUUCUUCUGCUCAUGGUAAUGUCAUCAAGACAGUCAUUGAAAUAAGUAAAUGGUCCUGCUUUGGAUGUUACUUUCUCUUGGAAGACUUAACCCUGUUACACGCAACAUCCAUCUACCCAAACCCCUACAACAAGACCAUAUUAACAGAAGCGAAUAAGUUCUGGUUUUAUGCGCUGGGGUUCUCCAUUUUGGGUGCUGCUUUUGAUACACUCUUUUCUUCGGCGUCAUCUGCGUCUAGGACGAAGGAUGAGAAGGAGAAGAAAGAAGCUCCUUCUAUCAACCGCUGCUCGCUUCUGAAGAAGAUGCUCUGUGUUGAUGCUUGUGAUCUGCUCAUUCCUGGUACCUUUUUGGGUUGGAUUGAAAUGGGUCAGUUGGGGGUCGGGGUUGGGAUGGUGGUUAGUACCCUUGUUUCGGGGUGGGAUAUGUGGAAUGCUGUUUGAAUCUCCCUCCGGGAGAAGACUAUAGAGGGUAUAGAGAUCUUCAUAUCAUGGUGGAUAUAGAGCGGAGGGAACAGGUGAUAUUCGUAGAGAUUCAGAUAAUUCUGUGUCGACUUACUCUUCAUCUCUAUACACCAACCCAUUCUUC